AUGGCCUUUUUGUACUCUGGAGAUGUACUGAGUCUCUCACAAGCCAACUGUACCCAAAGAUUUGAAGUGAGGGCUUUGGGGAAGGACUCUGGCCCUCCACCAGCCUUGCAUUCCUAUCUACGCAGUGCUACUGACACCUUGACCCAUGCCACCAAUUUCCUCAAUAUGGUCUUCCAGACCAAUGACAUCCGGGAGUCCAGCGUGAAGGAGGAUGUAGAAUGGUACCAUGCCUUGGUCAGAAGUGUUAUGGAAGGGGAUUCCCAAGUUUACCGAGCCAUACUGACUUUUGAUGCUCAUCCUUUGUCUUCCAAGCCCCAGAUGAUACUCCAAGCCACGAAGGGGAAUAAUGAGAUCUUACUCCAGGAUCUUUCUGCCUUCUCAGAGAAUCUAAGGAAUUUGACUUGGGAAAAUGAGUGGUACAAUUUCUUCCGGUUCCAGAGGACUCCACUGCUCUAUAAGCGAAUCCUCAGCAAUGACCUUAAGACCCUAGACACUCCCAAAUGGAGCCAAGGAGAUAGUUAUGUGAUGGAUCAGGGCUAUGUCAAAUGGUCACCACCUUUCCUGGAAUGUGAAGAUGGAAAAUUCUUGCCCACCUGGAUGGUUACACUCUCCUCUUCAUUCUACGGCCUCAAGCCUGACCUCAAUCCAGAAUUCAAAGGGGUCAUGAGGCUGGAUGUUAAAAUCCAAAACGUUGAUAUAAACCAGUGUGCUACUAGCGGAGGAUGGUUUGGAAACACACAUCAGUGUGACCUCAACACCACCCAGUGCAUCCCACAGGAAAGCCAUGGAUUUGUUCUGGGAAAAUAUCGUUGCCUUUGCAAGCCAGGUUUCUAUGGGGGACAGAGAACUGCCACUUCCUCUUCCCACAGACAAAGUGCUUCCCAGUAUGGAGUGGUGGAUUCUGGGAAUUUGCUGCAAUGCCAUCCCUGUCGGGAAGGAUGCACUGCCUGCAUUGAUGGCACACCAUGUCUGAUCCAGGAAGACUGGUCUCUACGGGCUGCUGUUCUUACUUUCCAGGCCUUCUGCAUGCUGGCAGUUUUCUUCAGCAUGUUAAUUUCUUACCACUAUAGGAAGAGCAAGAGGAUUCGGGCUUCAGGAGUUAUUCUUCUGGAGACAAUACUCUUUGGCUCACUCCUGCUCUAUUUUCCUGUCUUUAUCUUGUACUUCAAGCCAAGUAUCUUUCGCUGCAUUGUCCUGCGAUGGGUGCGCGUGCUGGGUUUUGCCAUUGUUUAUGGAACAAUCACUCUUAAACUAUAUAGGGUGUUAAAGGUCUUUCUGUCUCACACGGCUCAGCGAGUCCCUUACAUGACCAGUGGGCAAGUGCUGAAGAAACUGGCAUCGAUCCUGCUGUUGGUCUUUUGGUUUUUGGCCGCAUGGACAGUGGGGAUGCUGGAGAAUAUAGAGAAAAACAUACCGCUGGUAAUCCGUUCACAGACCCCCAGGGGCCUCCAGUUUUACAUCUGUGAUCAGGAUCGAUGGGAUUACAUGAUGGCUGUGGCUGAGAUGCUAUUCUUGUUUUGGGGAAGUUUUCUCUGCUAUGCUACCCGAACAGUCCCUUCUGCUUACCAUGAGCCUCGCUACAUGUGCAUUGCUCUCCACAAUGAGCUGAUAACCUCUACUGCUUUUCAUGUCAUUAGGUUUUUAAUGGUUCCUUCCUUGCAUCCUGACUGGACUCUGCUACUGUUUUUCAUUCAUACUCAUGUCACCACCACAAUGACUCUUGCACUUAUUUUCAUCCCAAAGUUCCUGCAUGCAGGGUCACCCUUGCGGGAAGAAAUUGCUGCCGAGGUGUAUGAGGAUGAAUUGGACAUGAGGCGUUCAGGAUCCUUCUUGAACAGCAGCAUCACCUCGGCGUGGAGUGAGCACAGCCUUGACCCCGAUGACAUUCGG